AUGACGAGCACGGCGCCUGAAGAGCCUGAAGACUCCUCGAAUACCAGAGUCUAUGUCUCAGGUCUGCCGCCGUCCAUGACCAAGGAGCAACUGCGGUUGCAUUUUGCUGGAAAGUAUACCGUGACAGAUGCUCAUGUCGUCCCAGACCGCCGCAUAGGUUUUGUGGGGUUUUCAAAUCAUGAACAGGCUAAAAGCGCAGUCCAGUACUUCGACAAAUCUUUCAUUCGCAUGUCAAAGAUCGCCGUAGCCCUAGCAAAACCCGUCCAUGUCAAACGCAAUGAAAAAGGCCAGGCGCUUCCUGUCCCCGACCGUUCUUCGAGAAAGAGAAAACGUGAUCACCGAGAUGAUGGUCAAGAAAUCCAACGCAUUCCGAUGAGACAGCCCCAAAAAACUACAGCCGUGGCAUCAGACACGACCACACCCAUACAAGCAGUCUCAAAAGAGAUGGACGGUUCCUCAGAUGAGGCUACUUCAGAAAAGGAGCAGGAAGAUGAUCCUGCGAAAGAAGCACCCGCAUCCGACACUGAUUGGCUGCGUGGCAAAACAAGCAGGACACUGGGUUUGCUCGAGGACGCUGAAGACGUCAACGUCCACCCAGACCCUUCUGACAAUAGUGGCGGAGAACCCAGUGCUGGAGGAUUAGUGGAUAGUGUCCAAGCCAACGAAGACAGAGUAGAUGGAGGAGAUGAUCGGGAGCCGGAACAUCACCAACGGGUGUCAGUGCCGAAUGCCCGACUAUUUAUCAGGAAUCUUCCAUUUGACACCCACGAAGACGAUCUUCGGAAAGUCUUCGCACCGUACGGCAGAAUCUCAGAAAUUCAUUUAGUGACCGACACCAGAAAAUCCACUGGAAAAGGUCUCGGUUAUGUUCAAUUUGUGGAGCCGGAGCACGCCGAGCGGGCACUGCUUGAACUCGACGCAAAGGACUUUAUGGGCAGACUUAUGCACAUUCUACCAUCUUCUGACAAGAAAAUACAAAAGCUCAGUGAAUUCGAAAUCUCAAAAUUACCUCUCAAACAGCAAAGAGCGCUGAAGCGGAAGAAUGAGGCCUCAAGUUCGAGUUUCAGCUGGAAUUCGCUCUAUAUGAACCCAGAUGCCGUACUGGCAUCAGUGGCCGACCGCCUGAAGGUCUCCAAAGCUGAUCUGCUUGAUCCUGCUUCAACUGAUGCAGCCGUAAAGCAAGCCCAUGCAGAGACAAGUGUGAUCAACGAGACCAAAGAAUACUUGAAGUCCAAUGGACUGAAUGUCAAUGCCUUCAAAAACAAAACUCGUGAUGAAAAAACAAUUCUGCUGAAGAAUUUUGCUUUUGGAACCACUGCAGAAGAACUCUCACAGAUGCUUGGUCAAUACGGCACGAUAGAAUCUCUCCUCUUUCCUCCGACCGGCACCAUAGCUGUCGCUCGCUAUCAGGAAAGCAGUCAAGCAGCUUUGGCUCUCAAGCAAUUGGCGUAUCGAAAUUUGAGGGGCUCUAUAUUGUUUCUUGAGAAGGCACCCACGGGUCUCUGGGACGGUGCCGAGUCGAUUAAGACUGACCCGCCCAAUGCUGCUGGAGACGAUGAGAAAGGUGGUGCUCUUGGUACUACAUUUACAGUCUUUGUGCGCAAUCUGAAUUUCUCAACAUCGAGCGUCCGAUUAGCCGAAGCUUUCAAGCCACUGUCGGGCUUCCUCUCGGCAAGAGUGAAAACAAGGACAGAUCCCAGCCGGCCAGGAGAGGUUCUCAGCAUGGGCUUUGGCUUUGUCGAGUUCCGCACCAAGGCCCAAGCUGAAGCUGCAAUCGCCACCAUGAAUGGCAGGCGGUUAGACGGAUACGAGCUGCUGGUGCAGACGUCACAGAAGUCAACUGAUCUGGGAGAAGAGCGACGGAAGGAGGACACGUCGAAGAAGCUCGACUCGGCAAGGACAAAGAUCGUCAUCAAAAACCUCCCCUUCGAAGCUACCAAGAAGGAUAUCCGCGCUCUGCUCGGUGCAUAUGGUCAGCUGCGCACGGUACGAAUGCCCAAGAAAUUUGACAACACAGCCCGAGGUUUUGCCUUUGCUGAAUUUCUCACGGCUAAAGAGGCUGAGAACGCCAUCGAGGCUCUGUCCAGCACCCACUUGCUUGGCAGGAGGCUUGUUCUGGACUUUGCAGAAGGUGAAAUAAUCGACCCAGAAACCGAGAUCCAAGCCAUGGAGAAGAAGACCCAGGGACAUCAAGAUACAUUGACUCAUCACAGGAUGACAGGUUCGGCUCGGAAGAAGUUCAACGUUGGCGCAAGAGAAGAUUUCGACCCUCUUUGA